AAACGCCAGUAAUUUGUUUUCGUCAAAGUGCUGUAGGUUGCCAUACUAGUAAGUCCCGGCAGUAGAUACGAAAGUUAUUGAUGCGUUUUGGAAAUCAGUUUGUUAGUGUUUAUAUGUGAGUAUUGUGAAACACCGAUACUGUGGAACAUUUCGUCCUCGAAAUUUAUAAUGAAAGUCGCUGAUUGUGUACGGCGUGAAGAUUGGAUGAUGUUGUUAUGGAAUUUGCAGGGAUAUGAUCAACAGAAACAGUCUCCAGGCUGCCUGUGAAGCUGCAGCCCGUGUAAACGCUGUUCUAUUUGCGAAAGGGAAACUGAAACAAGCGGCGCCACAGUUGCCUAAGGUUGGAAACACUGUACGCACAACUGCUGAUCUCUUCACUUCUGAGUAUGAGAUAAAUGAUGUUCCUGUGGCAGCCCGAAAUCUGCUAACUAAGGGUCUCAUACAAGAAGAAAUAAACUUAUCUUCAGGUGCUGCAGUUUCCACACGCGGGAGGUAUUUGACUAUAGAAGAAAGACAAAGAAAUCCAGGCUUACGUCCACUGUACCUCCACGUCCAGGCUUCUUCAAAAGAAGCUGUUGACUUGGCUAUACAGAAGAUUGAGGAGCUAAUACAGCUCCACGUCCAAGGAAUGGAACAGUUACCACAUCAGGUUGGGAGGCCUAGCAAAUUCAAAAUGGGACCUCCACAACAGGGAAUGCCCCCACCUCUUAUGAGUUUACAUACAGCCAUACCUGGUGUGGAGAAGGUUCUGGUUGGACUAGAACAUGCCCCUCCAGCAUUUGAUUUACGCAACAGGCUUAUUGGUCAGAAUGGAACCAAUUUGCUUUACAUACGUAAUGAAACAGGUGCCAUGGUGACACUCAGAGGUAAAGGAUCGGGUUUUAUUGAGCCAAACACUGGAACGGAAUCAAUGGAACCUCUUCAUUUGUGUGUGGAGCAUCCAAAAUACGAUAUUCUCCAAGCAGCUCGUCAGCUGGCGCAUAACCUUAUCGAAACAAUGCAGCAAGAGUAUGCUCAGUUUCAGCAACAACAGCAGCAGCAACAACAGCAGCAGCAGCAACAACAGAUGGUGAUGCAGCAUGCAACACAGAUGCAACAGAACAUGAAUAUGGGUGGCAUUGGACAACCAGGGGUUGUAACAGUACAACAAGACUUACCACAACAAGCUGGUAUCAUAGGAACUUCAGUGGCUAUGCCAGUUGUAUCAUCCGUCCCUACUGUUUUUACUGGGCAGCAAGUUCAGCAAGCAGUUGGACAGUUGAGUGGUCCACCUCCUCCAAUAAUGGGUGUGCCACCACCACACUUAAACCAGCAGAUGAUUCAGUCACAGCAACAGCAGCAUAUGUUGUCACAACAGCAGCAACCUCCACCAACAUCACAACCACAGCAGCAACAACCACAUCCACAACCUCAUUUACCACCAGUUCAAGUGCAACUUCCUCCACCUGGCCUACAUAUUCCGACACAUCAAGGUCCACUUGUCCCGCCCCAACAGCAUACCACGCAGCAGCAGCAGCAGCAACAACAUCUACAGGCCAUUCUUCAACAGCAUCAUCAGAUGCAGCAGCAGCAGCAGCAUCAUCAGCAGCUCCAGCAGCCACCUCUCCAGGACCAGCAGGAAGCAGCACUCCAGCAUGUGCCACCUCAGCAGAUGUCCAUUCAUCUGCAGCAGCCGGUUUGUAACUCUCUUCAACCUGUUAUGCAGGCCGUGCUGCAACAGCAGCUCCAUCAUCAACAGCAGCAGCAGCAGCAACAGCAACAACACCAACAACAGCAGCAACAGCAGCAGCAGCAACAACCAUCACAGCAGCAUCAGUUGUUGCAGCAGCCCCCGCAGGUUCUGCUUCAGCCUCCACCGGGCCAACCCCAAGGGCUUGUGGCACAGAACGGACAAGUUCUGAUGCUGCCCCAACAGCAACAUCUGCAAGGUCCUCACACAAUUCUACCGCCAACCGCAGUCCCGCCACCAGGACAGCAGCAGUUACCUCCUCCACAGUUUGGCAGCACAGUACUUGGUUCUCCAAGUCACAUGUAUCUCCCGCAGCAGGCUCAGCCGCAACAGCCACCCCUGCACCAAGGCCCCCAAAUGCAUCAACAACCCCCUGCUCCUGUCCCAGCUCCUGGACCUGAGCCCCCACAGCCAGUCCAACAUCCACAACAGCAGCAGCAACAGCAAUCACAACAGCAGCAACAGCAGCCUCAACAGCAACAGCAACCACCUCCUCAGCAUCAGCCUGCAUCACAAGGAUACCAACCACAGCAUGCCAUGGCUACAGUAUCAUAUCCUUACCAGUAUGUCCAGAAUUCUGGACCUCCCGCCAUGACAUAUCCAACUUUUAGCCGUCUGGACCAGCAGCAGCCUCCACAGCCGUUGCAGCAGCCUCAAGGUCAUGUCAUGCCAAUUCAGAAUCAGGGUCCACCAAUGCAGGGACAGUUGCCACCAAUGCAAGGCCAAACACUAUCAAUGCAAGGACAAACUCAGACAUUGCAGAUGCAGAAUCAUAUGGCCCCUCUGCAAGGUCAUGUGCCCCCUGUUCAAAACCAAGGUCCGCCACUUCAGAAUCAGGUUCUACCUGUACAAAGCCAAUGUCCUCCUGCACAAAACCAAGCACCUCCAGUUCAGAGUCAUGGAGGGAUGCAGUUGCAUAGCCAGGGGGCACUACAAAUUCCAAAUCAAAGUACUGUAACACUCCAGAAUCAAGGUGGUCCCCCUAAUCAGGUGACAGCAGUGCAAGGGCAGGGCCCUUUGCCAGUGCAGCAAGGUGCUGGUGUACCUCCUGUGCAAUGUCAAAAUCCCCAAUUGCAAGGCCAAGUAUCACUGCAAGGACAAGGCAGUUUGCAGAUGCAGAAUCAGAUGCAACAGCCACCUCAGGCAUUGCCUUGGCAGACACCAACCCAAGCUCAAUCCCAGCAGCACCAAGGAACGGUCACCUACCAGCAGCAACAUCACAUUCAGACACAACAAUCAGUGAAAACUGGGACCAAAGGAGGCCAGAAGAGAAGAUUCACAGAAGAAAGAGAGGAUUCAGGUGAUAACUUCCAGGGCCGUGUUAAUGUUGGCACUGUGACUGGUGGAAACAUACAGCAGUCACAACAGCAGCAACAGCAACAGCAGCAACAACAGUCAUCAGCCCAGCAGCAGCAACAAGCUGCACGACAGGGAAUGGGAAUGGAUGAAAUGAUGCAACGCCAGCAACAGCCUGAACAGCAGCAGCAGCCACAGCAGCAGCAGCAACAACCACCACAGCAGCAACAACCGCAACAGCAGCAGCAACAACAGCAGCAGCAGCAGUCACAGUCACAGCAACAGCAGCAUCAACAGUCGCAGCCACAGAUACUCACAUCAAGUACGUCCAAUAUGGGGACACAACAAGGUUCAGGCACACUCAACUUGGACAGGGACAAGCAGCUCAUGCCUCCGCCCCCCCUACCUCCAUCCUCUGCCACAGGUGAUAAACGGCAAGCAGAUCAGGAAACAACUCCAAACAAGAAGGUGAAAGGAGAAGGUUAUGAAGAGGACCAAGAAACACCUGAGGCAAGUGCAGAACAUAAUACUGCUUCCAGUGGUAACAACAACAGCAACAACAAUGCUGUUACCAGUAGCUCCACAAGUGGCGGCAAUAGUAGUAGCAGCAGUAGUAGUACUACUAGUGCUAAUAAUAGUACUACUAUUCCAGUUCAGCUGACCUCCACUUCAGCUACCAGUCGUACGGAAUAUCACAGAAGAAGUGGAGGCAGUGAUCGUACAGAACAGAGAGACCGCACAGACAGAAGCACUGGGAAUAGUGGUGCAGAAAGACCUUCAUUCAACCAUUAUUCUUCCAAGCCUCAGAUGUAUAAUGCUAGCUUGCCGUUUCAUGUGCAUGGAAUCAACAUGUACACUUCUCCCCCUCCUCCACCCCAGCCAUCACAACCUCAGCAAACACCUCCACCACCCCCACCACCACCUCCCAACCCAUAUGGACCAUAUUAUAGCCCGCAGAGUCAGUACCAGUAUGCUCCAUAUUGGAUGAUGCCCCAGUAACACAAAUAUUUCCCGGCUGUCAUGCACUCUUCAUAUAUUGCACAGUGAUAAUACAUGUAUGUUUGUGUAAGUAAAAUAAUUUACUAUGGAAAUAGAUUUACUUAAGUGUUGGAAGUAAUUUCACAUUAUAUUACAUGUCAAAGGUAUUAAUGUAAUUGUUUGGAGCUCAGUUAUCUACUUUGUGCAGCAGCAGCAGUAGAUAGUGUAAAUGAAAAAUAUUUGUGCAUAUAUGUUGUUAGCAAUUUGAAUUGUAUUCUGUAUGUGAAGGCCUUCAGAUAAUUUGUUGUACAUUGUGUUGUAGCAAUAGACAUUUAAUGUACAUUUUACAAGUUAAGAAUUAAAAAUGGCCAUGCUCCUUCUGAUUUCAGAAUCCUAUGAGAUUUAAAACCUUGUGACACUGCCAUCCAAUUGGAUGCUUAUAAUGAAACAAGUAGACAGCGUUAUGUUAUGGACACCACAAGAAUUAAAGCAGUGUGUAAGUGUUUGUGUUAUCCCACAGUUACUUCAAGUGUGUGUUUCCUGUACCUCUUUGCUGUUUGAUAUCACUUUCCCCACACCCUUGAACUACCGUGAUAUUUGUAUAGACACCAAUUAUUGAACUAUCAUAUGAUGACAAUUGCAGCAUUAUGAUAUUUGAAUUUAUAUAAUUUUUAUCUCUCUCUUUUUAUUUUAUUUUAUUUUA